GCAGAGAAAGACGAGCUGAAACUCAGACUGUGACAUGGACAUCUACUACGAUGAACUUGGACAAUUACUUGGGUCGAUUUAAAGGAGUUGGUAUCAGUUAACACCCAGCAUGCUGGCACACAGGAGCCUUGUCGACAUUCAUGCCAAGGGCCACGUUCCUCCUCUCCAUCACACCAGUGUGAAUCUCCCUGAGCUGAUUUAUCGUGAAGCUCUCAUCUCUUUCAGCCUCUGCCAAAACCAAAGUUGGAGUCAACCUCAAAGUGAGUCGGAGAUGUCCUUCAGCCAGACGUCUGGCUGCUUACUCCUGUGAAAAACGAGGUGGUGAGCCUACCUUUGGCUCUGGUUUCCCUGUCAUGGUUUUCAGCAGGUCGUGGAGGUGGGGCCAGUUACCCUGGGAGUACCAGCCUGGUUUGUCCAGCAAAGACAGAAGGAAGCAGAAGAGGGCAGGGAAGAGAAGGGAGGAACAUCACCCUGAAGUGACUUGCCUCCUGAGGACAUGGCACCCAUCAUUAAAAGAUGACAUCAGAGCAGGGAGGGCCUUCGACGUGAGGUAGACCCUUCAAGAUGCUGGAGAGCAGUUCAGUAUAAAUACCUUGAGCCCAGUGCCCUGGGAAGCAGCAGCUGCCACUCAGACUGAUAGACUCCUCAACCAAGGAUAUAACAGCAAGGCACUCGGACAGAGCCCCCGACCCCCCCACUGUUUCUUUGGAGCGUAAACCUUCACGGUUUGGCUUCACAAGAUGGAUCUGAGGGUAACAAGCGUUCUCCUCGUCCUCCUGGCUUUGGCCGAGGCAACCCCUGAAAGGUACUACCACGUACCGAAAGUGAACAAGGGUCCCUACCCCGUCAAGAGCCAUGCCGUUGCAGGUGAGCAAGGUCCUGCAGGAGAACCAGGAGAACCAGGCCCAAUGGGACCACCUGGACCUCCUGGAAAAAGUGGUGUAGGGUAUGCUGGACCACAAGGCCCACCAGGACCCCCUGGACCCCCUGGCUAUACUCAAGCAGGUAAACCUGGUACCCCUGGGGGUGCUGGAAAACCAGGUGCCUCUGGCAUGCCUGGUGAGAGAGGUUCAACUGGGGCAACUGGACCAAUGGGGCCCAGAGGUGCACCUGGUUCAUCUGGAACACCCGGACCUGCUGGACUUUCUUCUGUUGGGAGACCUGGACCAAGUGGUAUUCCUGGAGCAAUGGGACCAAGAGGAGAGUCUGGCCUGAAGGGACAUCCUGGUAUUCCUGGGCUUCCUGGCAACAAAGGGGAGAGAGGUAUUGGAGUUCCUGGUGUUCAAGGACAACCAGGCUCAGUUGGACCAAUGGGUCCAUCUGGUAUGCCAGGAAAACCUGGAGUUGGUAAACCUGGUGCCACUGGCUAUCCUGGAGAGCCUGGCAAGAGUGGCAUGCCAGGAAGAGAUGGUGCUCCUGGGCCAAUGGGUAUGACGGGACCAAAGGGUCACACUGGAGCUCCAGGCACAGGAGCAACAGGAAAGCCAGGCCAAAAUGGUACCCCAGGUAUGCAUGGACCUAUAGGGCCUAAAGGUCCACAGGGUCCAGCUGGUCAGCCAGGCUCCCCUGGCAUGCCAGGUGUUGGCAAAACAGGUGAAUCUGGAAUUCCAGGCAGCAGAGGAGCCCCUGGUACUCCUGGAACGACUGGUCAAAAAGGAGAGCCAGGCCCAACAGGUUUUACUGGUCACCCAGGUUCUACAGGCUCCAUAGGCCAAGCUGGUCCACAAGGUUCAAGGGGAUUUCAAGGUGAGGCAGGCCCAACAGGACCCAAAGGCGAUAUUGGUAUGGUUGGUGCCCCAGGCCCAAGAGGAACCAAAGGUGAUCAAGGAGCUCAAGGUUUCACUGGAAAACCUGGUACCCCUGGAGCAGUAGGCCCUGGAGGAAUUGCAGGUCACAAUGGUCCUCAGGGUCCAAAGGGUUCACAAGGCCAUGCUGGCGCUCCAGGACUCCCUGGUUCAAAUGGCGCCCCAGGACUUAAAGGACACACAGGUUCCCCAGGAGGACCAGGAAAGGCUGGUGAGAACGGAAGACCAGGUCCCAUGGGACAAUCAGGUCCCUCUGGUCCAGCUGGCCCCUCUGGACUUAAAGGUCAUCCAGGUCUUCCCGGCCCACCUGGUCCAGCUGGCUUCACAGCUAAGGGCGUUUCUGGUCCCCAGGGUCCACCUGGAAAUCCAGGGUCAAGGGGUCAUGAUGGUCUUCCAGGCCCAUCUGGUCCUCCUGGUCCACCUGGCCAACCAGGAGAGAUUGUCUACCACCAUGAGAAGAGCAUGCCAGUCAAGUCCCAUGAGGUUGUAAUGUCUCAUGAGAUGAUGAAGGCACCCAUGUCUGCAUUCAGUGCUGUGUUAACCAGGGCCUAUCCCGAAGCGGCAACUCCUAUUCAGUUCAACCAUGUUCUGUACAAUGGGGAGCACCAUUAUGAUGCCAACAGUGGUGUAUUUACCUGCCAGAUUCCCGGCCUCUACUUUUUCAGCUAUCAUGUUCAUGUCAAUGGUGCAAACGCAUUGGUGGCUCUCUACAAAAACGAGGAGCCUAUUGUUUUCAGUUAUGAUGAGUACAACAAGGGCUUCCUGGAUCAGAUGUCAGGCAGUGCUGUGGUUAUGCUGAAUCCAGGUGACAGAGUCUAUGUACAGGUCCCUGAUGAGGAGAGUAAUGGUAUAUUUGCAGCAGAUAAUGUUCACUGCACUUUCUCUGGGUUCUUGAUUGCCUCAACGUGAUUUAAUAAGUCCAAGUUCACCUCAAAACCUUACAUACAUUGAACAACUCAGAGAAAUAGAUCAGUUUUCAAGAUUCCAAUUGAGAUUUUGUAUUGAAGAAAAAUCAAGACUUGUAACUGCCUCAAUCUUAUAUUUACUAUUAUGAAAAAGUCUUAAAAUUCCUAACAGAGGAAUGCUUGGAGAGUGCUCACUAAAAUGUUAUAAUACGUGGUUCAAAUUCAUCCCGUUUCCCAGUUCAUCUUGUGUGUUCCUUGGCAGUUUUAGGAAUCAUGAAACAAUAUUGGAAGAUAUCUCAAGUGGUGCUUUGCAACGGCCUGUAGAAUUUACAGUACUUCUUAUUUGUGUUUGUUUUUUUUCAUCAGUGUUUUCAAAUUUCCUGUAUUAUACAUUCAAAAUACAAACAAAACAGUUGUAUUAUAUGUUAUUAGAGAUCAGCACAUUCUCACAAGCACUGUGACUAGAAAAAACACAGAAUGAGAAAUUUCAACUGCAUAUUUUUCAAAACAACUAUGUCCCAUUGGAUGUGUUAAGUUAUGUACCACUUACUGAUCAAUACACGGAAUAAAAGUUCUAGUCUGAAAAAGAAA